AUGGCCUUCUACAAUCAUUACACGUCGAUGGCUGUUUUCGCUACAAUGACGUUCUCCUCUGUCUUCACCGCCUUGGCACAGUACGAUUCAGAGCCAAAUACAGGAGGAGCCUCAUGUUUUCCAGGAAUGUCUAUAGUCAUGAUCAUCUCUUCCCUCAUCGUUUCUGGAUUUGCCAUUCUCAGAUGGUAG